AUGUCGGGCAUGGCGCCUGAAGAGGAGAAGCCGCGCGAGCGGCGGAAGCACAAGCAGAAGAACAAGACCAAGCGGAAGCGUGGGCGUGAGGACGACGGUGACGAGGACAGGCCGGCGGCGGUACAGGCCAGGAUCCGGUCGAAAACACAGAAGAACCUCAAGGACAUCAUCGAGUCAAAGGUCGAGGCGUCGACGCCCGGAAACACCAAGCUAGUGACGUUGCUUGCGCGAGGAAGGGCGCUCAGUGAGGUCAUCAGCAUCAAGGAGCCACGGACGGGCGCCAUCGACGCCGAGGCCAUGAGCGAGCUGGCUGGAGUCGGCAGGGCCAAGGUGGAGAACCUACGGACAGACUUUACUCGCAUGGAUCCGGCGGCGUUUGCCACCGAGGUCCGCAAGAUGUUUGGGACGGUGGUGGACAUGGCGCGGCUGGGCGAGACGUUUGGCAAGUUUCUGCGGACGGUGCCCAAGCUUGAUCUGAUGUACGGCCCGGUCUGUACCGGCUCGCAGAUCCGGCGGCGGGUAGCGCGGAGGCCGCGCGGGACGGUAACGGAGGCGCGGCAGCGUAUGGACGCCGCCGAGCCGCAGCUGUUGCAACAGGUGAGGCCGGAUACCGAUGUGCAGAUGGAGACCCGUGAGGACAACGAAACGAUGCAGGAAAUGCUUCAGCUGCUGCUCGAUUUCGACCGCCCGGUCUCACUCUACCAGCUCGUCAUCAACCCGACCUCGUAUGCACAGACUGUAGAGAACAUGUUCUACACCUCAUUCCUGACCAAGAUGGGCAGCUUGCACAUCUGGGUCGAUGACGAGACGUCGGUUCCGAUGGUCAAGAGCAUGCAAGCGGGCAAUAGAGGCAAGGCGAGCGAGCGCGCUUCGCGGCGGCAGGCCAUCCUCAACAUCGACUACGAGCUGUGGCGGCAGCUGAAGGCCGAGCUCGGCGAUGAGCCGCCGCUGAUGAACGACCGCGGGUCCGGAUGA